UUGCUCUGCAGGUGGAUCAUGGAGUUUGGGACCCCAGUCAACGUCAUGCUGUUCAUCUGAGCUGUGGGUACAACACCAUUCCACACACAAGCCUGUUAAUGAACCUAAAUAUGAGCCAGCAGACCACUCAAACAAAUCAUGACUAGCCUGGGCUGAGCCGCUGUAGUCAGGCCGGCUGGCCCCAAUCUGCUGGAGGCGGGGCACGUCCACAGAGGUCAGCCAUGACAGGGACUGCAGGUCACCCGGGAGGUCCUCCUUGUUCAAUUGAGAGGGGUCUGUGGGGUAGCUGGAGUGGACAGGACACGCUACAGUGACACUCAGGGGUUUGAACCGGCUGUUAAACCUCACAGGACCCUAGAUGUACAACCGACCAUCUGGAGAGAUUUCCGCGAUGUGACUGAGUAGACCACCUGUCCGAGAAAAGCUACUGACCUGGGAUUCUUUCCAUUUACCUCAGAGUCUUACUGAAGGAUUAGCAAGAUGCAGAACCGAAAGUUGGAUCUGGAAGGGGCUUUGAUAGCUCGAGACCGGGUUGGCAUUCAGGACUUUGUGCUGUUGGAUGCUUACACCAGUGAGACAGCUUUCCUGGACAACCUGAAGAAAAGAUUCUCUGAAGACCUCAUUUAUACAUACAUAGGGACCCUGUUGGUCUCGGUGAACCCCUAUAAAGACCUGGACAUCUACAACAAGAAGCAGAUGGAGAUCUACAUGGGGGUCAACUUCUUUGAGUUACCCCCUCACAUUUAUGCGCUGGCAGACAAUGCCUACCACACCAUGCUCUCGGAGGCCAACAACCACUUCAUCCUCAUCUCAGGGGAGAGUGGAGCGGGCAAGACCGAGGCCUCCAAGAAGAUCUUGCAGUAUUACGCGGUCAGCUGCCCCAGCCUGGCCAUCCUGGACACAGUGCGGGAUAGGAUGCUCAUGUCUAACCCUGUGCUAGAGGCUUUUGGAAAUGCCAAAACAUUGAAGAAUGACAACUCCAGCCGUUUUGGGAAGUACAUGGAUAUCCAGUUUAACGCUCAGGGGGAUGCAGUUGGAGGUCACAUACUCAGCUACCUCCUGGAGAAGUCCAGGGUAGUCCAUCAGAACCACGGCGAGAGAAACUUCCAUGUUUUCUACCAGCUGAUCGAGAGUGGUGAGGAAGACAUACUGCGGCAGCUGGGUUUGGAGAAAAACGUCCAACAUUACAAGUACCUGGCGCAGGGUGAAUGCUCUACCGUGAGCUCCAUCAAUGACAAGAAUGACUGGAAGACGAUGAGAAAUGCCCUCUCUGUUGUUGACUUUGACAAGGGUGACAUUGAACAUCUAUUUGGGAUCAUUGCCAGUGUCCUUCAUCUGGGCAAUGUCCACUUUGAAAGAGACAGCAAAGGUUCUGCCACCUUAUUUGGGCAUGCAGAGUUACGCUGGGUGUCAAAGCUGCUUAGUGUUAAUGUUCAGGUUCUACAGGAGGCAUUAACUUACAGGAAGAUUGAAGCCAAAACCGAUGAGGUGUUGAGUCCUUUCACUGUUGACCAUGCCAUCUAUGCCAGGGAUGCCUUGGCCAAGGCCAUUUAUGGACGCACAUUCAACUGGUUGGUAAAUCGCAUCAACCACUCUCUGGAGAAUCAGGAUCCCAGUAGAAAGACAGUGAUUGGGUUGCUAGACAUCUAUGGUUUUGAAGUAUUCCAUGUAAACAGUUUUGAGCAGUUCUGUAUAAACUACUGCAAUGAGAAGCUCCAGCAGCUGUUUAUCCAGCUGACUCUGAAGGCAGAGCAGGAGGAGUACGAGGCGGAGGGCAUCGAGUGGGAGCCAGUGCAGUUCUUCAAUAAUAAAAUCAUCUGUGAUCUGGUGGAAGAGAAACACAGAGGCAUCAUCGCCGUGCUGGAUGAGGAGUGCCUCAGGCCAGGGGAUGCCACUGACCUGACCUUCCUGGAGAAGCUGGAGGAGAAGAUGGGCCACCACCCGCAUUUUGUCACGCACAUGCUGGCAGACAAGAGCACACGGAGAUCCCUGGAACGAGGGGAUUUCCGUCUCCUGCACUACGCCGGGGAGGUCACCUACUGCGUUGUGGGCUUCAUAGACAAAAACAACGACCUUUUGUACAGGAACAUUAAGGAGGUGAUGCAUCACUCUAAGAACUCCAUAGUCAGGCAGUGUUUUCCAUCUACAGAGACGGAGAUCCGGAGACGGCCAGAGACGGUUGCAACUCAGUUCAAGAACAGUCUGCAGAAACUGACAGAGAUUCUAAUGGCCAAAGAGGCUUGGUAUGUGCGCUGCCUCAAGUCAAAUGAUUCCAAAAAGCCAGGACACUUUGACGAUGUGCUGGUGAGGCAUCAGGUGAAAUACCUGGGACUGAUGGAGCACCUCAGGGUCAGACGAGCUGGGUUUGCAUACAGGCGCAGAUAUGAUGUGUUUUUACAGAGGUACAAGCCCCUAUGUCCAGCCACAUGGCCCCAUUGGCGGGGACUGGCUGCGGAGGGAGUGGAGACACUGGUCAAGCAUCUGGGGUACAAACAUGAUGAGUAUAAAAUGGGCAGAACAAAGAUAUUCAUUCGCCAUCCUAGAACGCUAUUUGCCACAGAGGAUGCCUAUGAGAUCUGUAAACAUGAUCUAGCAACUAAAAUCCAGGCGAAAUACAAAGGUUACAGGGUGAAAGGGGAGUUUAAGAAACAGAAAGAGGCUGCCACAAAGAUUGAGACCUGCUGGCGGGGAGCACAGGCCAGAAAGGAGAGGGAGAAGAGAGCCUGGGCUGUCAAAGUCAUCAAGAAGUUUAUUAAAGGUUAUAUGACUAGAGGCCAGGCAAAGACAACAGAUAACUCUGAGUACCUGGCAUUUGUGAGGCAGAACUACUUGAAUCGACUGAAACAGAACCUCCCCAAAACAGUCCUGGACAAGACUACUUGGCAAACUCCACCACCUGUCCUCACAGAGACUUCAGAGUUACUGCGGAUGUUGCACUACCGCCUCAUGGUCAGGAAGUACGUACGAGGCAUCACGCCACAGAGAAAAGCAGAGCUGACACUGAAGUCAAUCACUAGUGCCAUAUUCAAGGGCAAGAAAGACUCCUACCCACAGAGUGUUGCCCAUCCUUUUGUGGAAACGAGGAUCAGUGAAGACGACAUCAACAUCAGGGUCUUGCAGAUGGUGCGCCAUGAGCGUGUCAAGUACAGUGUUCCAGUGGUGAAGUAUGAUCGCAAAGGCUUCAAGCCCAGACAGCGACAGCUUAUUUUCACCCAGGCUGCAGCGUAUGUUGCAGACGAGACCAAGGUUAAGCAGACAGUGGCAUAUGCAUCUUUAAAAGGUAUUUCAGUCAGUAAUUUGAGUGAUGGCAUCGUGAUCUUCCAUGUUACUUGUGAGGAUCCCAAACAGAAGGGAGACCUAAUUAUGCAGUGUGAUCACCUGUUUGAGGCACUGACCAAACUAAGCGUGAUCGCAAACAAGCAAGAUGCCAUCAAAGUCCAGCAGGGAAGCAUCAAGUUUGACCUCCAGGCAGGUAAAGAGGGGUUUGUAGACUUCAGCACUGGCCCAGAACCCAUGUGCUACAAGGCUAAAAAUGGACACCUAAUGGUGGUGUCCACCCGCACCAAGUCCCGGUGACCCAAGAAAGCUCAGGAGAUCCAAAAGACAUCCUCUAUGAAAUCUCAAGUCCAUUUCCUUUGUUUCUAAUGCUCAAAGCCUCCAAUAGACCCAGGAAACAACUACAAAGUCUCACUGGAUAUUUGUGCUAUACCGAUGUAUCAUUUUCUUCCCUUUUUAUAAUGUUUCAGAGCACAGGUCCUAAAAUGCUGGGUUAGAAAAUGUAAUUAUUGUAAUAGGGAUAUAUGUACAAUAUAAUGCUUUUAUACUAAACAGAUGAAUGCUGCAUACAACAAUAAAAGGAAUAUGACAAUCUUUA